AUGGCCAACACCAACGCCGACCGUUACGGAGAUCCCGAGAAAAACGUACCACUGCAAAUCGACGAUGUCGCAACAUCGGAGAAAGACCUUAAAGCGCAAGCUGCGCUCGAUGGUGCCGACUACAGUGGUGCAAUCGGGAAAACAGACCCAGCAGAGAUCGCUCUAGUACGCAAGCUGGACAUGCGAGUGAUGCCAGCACUCUUUUGCAUGUAUUUCCUUAACAAGCUUGACCAGAAUGCGAUAGCGAACGCACGACUGAACGGUCUCGAAGACGACCUUGGCCUUGUCGGAAGCCAAUACAACACUUGCAUAUCCAUUCUCUACGUCGGAUAUCUAUUUGCCCAGAUUCCCAGCAAUAUGCUCAUGUCAUCGAAAAAGGUGCGACCUUCACUAUAUAUGGCCCUGUGCUGUACGGUUUGGGGUUGCGUAGCAGCUCUCACAGCUCUUGUCAAGAACUACACUGGGCUAGUACUAGUACGCUUCUUCCUUGGUUUCGUGGAAGCGCCGUUUUACCCAGGUGCCUUGUACAUUCUGAGCAUGUUUUACACGCGCAAGGAAAUUGCUACAAGAGUGUCUAUCUUGUAUGCUGGAAACAUCUUCGCGGUGUCCUUUGCUGGACUCAUCGCCGCUGCUACUUUCGCGACCCUGGACGACAAGCAUGGAAUGCAUGGAUGGCAGUGGUUGUUUAUCAUUGAGGGGAUCGUCACAGUAGGCGUAUCUGUCGUUUGUGCUUUCUUGCUACCGGAUGAGCCACUGACAACAAAAUGGCUGACCCCCGAGGAACGACAACUGGCGCACGAUCGCAUCGAAAGAGAUACUGUGGGUCUGGAGCCAAGCAGGGGAGUCAAGGCUGGUUUCAUGCAAGCUUUGCGAGAUCCAAGACUUUAUCUAUUGAUCUUCAUGCAGAAUAUGCAUUUAAGCGCCACGUCUUUUAACCAGUUUUUCCCUACCGUAGUCAAAUCAUUAGGAUUCAGUACUACCAUUACAUUGGUGUUGACUGCUCCGCCAUCGCUCGUCGCUGGCGCGGUGGGCAUUGGCAUCGGCAUCUCAUCUGGAAAAUACAACGAUCGAACAUGGCACAUCACCGGCAUGAUGGGGCUCGCAGUUGUCGGAUUCGCCAUCAGUGCUGCCACACUCAACACCGCUGCACGCUACAUCUCCUGCUUUCUCUUUGCCUCUGGUGUCUACUCCGUCAACUCCGUCAUCCUCGGGUGGGUAUCAGGAACACUCGGCCAGACCACCGAGAAGAAGGCAGUGUCACUAUCCAUCGUGAAUGUGGUUUCCAUGGCCAGCUUUAUCUACACACCUUACUUGUAUCCUGCAAGCGAUGGGCCCAAAUAUGUGAUUGCUAUGAGCAGUAAUGCAGCAUUUGCAGGAGCGUGUAUUGCAGCAGCUUGGGCGCUUAGGGCGUGGCUUCAGGUGACGAACCGGCGGUUGAAGAGGGAUGGUGUCAAUGUCUUUUACGCGUAUUGA